AUGAACUAUUCAAGCGCCGUUGCCAAUGCCUCCGCCCUGAUGAGAGGUGUGGUGUGGACAGGAAACCCCUUCAACGUCAGUGUGGUGGAUCUGCCGGUUCCCACCAUUGAAUCGCCUACCGACGCCAUCGUCAGAGUGUCGAUGGCUGGUAUCUGCGGCACAGAUCUUCAUACCUACCGUGGUCACUAUGGCAGCGCUGAAGUCCCAUGGCCCAUGGGGCACGAAGCCAUUGGCUUCAUCACCGAGCUAGGAGACGCGGUCUCGAGUCUUCGGGUUGGAGAUCGUGUAGUGGUCUCUGACACGGUGCACGUAUCUGACCCGGUCACGGAAGCUGCGACAUCCUACGCUUUUGGCAUGGGGCCUGAUCGGGGCGACCUGGGUGGUUGUCAAAGCGAGUAUGUGAGAGUUCCAGUCGCCGAGGAGAAUCUCAUUCCCGUCCCGGGCAACAAUUCUCGUCCUUCCAACAGUGAUGCCGACUACCUUUUCGUCUCCGACAUCUUCGCGACCGGCUGGGGGGCCCUGGACUUUGCUGGGUUUGAACGGGGUGACACCGUGGCGAUCUUUGGUGCCGGCCCCGUCGGCUUGUUAUCGACCUACUCGGCCUUUCUUCGCGGCGCAUCUCGCGUGUACGUUGUGGAUUACGUGCCCGAGCGACUCGAUCUUGCUCGAUCCUUCGGCGCUACGCCGAUUAACUUCAUGAAAUCCGACCCGGUCGAGCAAAUUCUCGCCAACGAGCCCAACGGGGUAGAUCGCAGUGUCGACUGCGUUGGAUUCGAAGCCGUCAAUAAAUCCUUGCAAAUGGAAUCUGACAUCGUUGUUCGCCAGAUGGUCAACGUCACCGCGCGGUUAGGCGGAAUCGGCGGCGUUGGUAUAUACGCAGACGUCCACAACAGCACCGGUGUGCCGCUCGGAAGUGCUGUGUCAAACAACGUGCCGUUUCCCAUCGGCACCUUCUUUCAGAAGAGCCUUCAUUUCCGGGUGGGCGCGAUCUAUCCGCCCGACUACGCUUCGGCCCUUUUGGCGCUGAUCCACACGGGCCAGGCUCGGCCUAGUUCUAUCAUCAGCUCCUUUGUCGAUAUCGAGGAGGCGCCGCAGGCUUAUCGCCGUUUUAAUGAUCACCAGGAGACGAAGGUGGUUAUCAGAUUUCCGUGGUCCUAG